AUGGGGGGAAGAGUGUCUCUCAUUAAUUCGGUUCUUUUUAACCUCUCAAUUCAUCAUCUGGCCUUCUACAAGGACCCCAAGAAAGUUGUAAAGGAUUUCAUCACAAUCCAACAUAGGUACUUGUGGGCUGGGAAUUCUAAAAAUAGAUUCGUUUCUUGGAUAUCUUGGAAAUUAGUCUGUAAACCGAAAGAAUUCAGAUGUCUUGGAAUAAAACACGUCGGUCGAUUUAAUCGUGCUAUUCUCGCAAAGUGGUUAUGGAAGUUCCAUAGUGGUGGGAAUGAAAUUUGGAGGAAGACUCUCACUAACAAAUAUGGUACUCUAAAUAUCAAGGUGCAUACUUAUCUAGAUGUUGGUAGUUUGAAGACUGACUCUCUUUGGCUGAAGGAUAUUUUGUCGAUCUCAAUUUCCGAGCCUCACGAUAACUUUUGCAACUUUAUGGGCUGUUCUGUUGGAGACGGCUCAGGUGUGGCUUUUAGGAAGUCGAAUUGGAUUGGUGAUACGCCACUGAAAGUUAUAUUCCCUCGUUUGUUCCAGGCCUGCAGAUGCAAGGCGUCGUCCUUAAGUGAGAUGGGAGAGUGGGAUGGUGAGCUGUGGCGGUGGAACCUGCUUGAAUCGAUGGAUACUACAGUUACUCCUCCUGAACCUGACAGGAGCGACUGCCGCAUGUUGCUGGAAGCUUCCUCUGUUAAAAAAUAA